AACACAACAACACUUAAUGAAAAACACACAUACACACUCUCGCACAAAAGGUUCACCUCUGCUGAUGGUUGCCUAGACAGGCAGGCCAAACGGGAUUACAAAUACAAUAAUAACAACAACAUGCACAUUUUAACAUCACUGAAAGAAACACGGGGUUGAGAGCUAAACGCAAUCACGUCUGACAAUGGAAUCAGUUUAAUUUUGUUUCGAAACAGCGUAUGACGAUGGCAGUUAAGAAUGUUUGAAAAAUGAACGAAAAAAUUAAAAAACAAAGUGAAAAAUGUGAAAAUUUACCAGUGAUAUAAAGAAUGUUCUGUAAUAAAAAAAAUAAAUAUAAAAAAGAAACAAAAGUGAUUUAACCCUUUAAAUGAAAAUAAAAAAGUUUUUCUUUUAAUCCCCUUUAACAUAAAAUUGAAAAUAAGAAAACUUAAGAAAAAACAAAACUAACCCCUUAUUAACAAAAUGGAACGUCGUAAAGCUAAUCGUUGUUCGUAUAUACUCGCCAGUAAAGAUCCGCGUACGGUCAGUGUUACAAGCUUACGGCGCACGCGUUCUAUGCGCUCUUCCUUUCGCCUGCUCAAAGGAAAACUAAAUCAAGCCAAUCUAGACACUUCACCGUUUAAAUUUAAUACACCUUUGCAUAAACGUACAAGAAAAUAUGAAAAAUUUCCCAAUGAUGAAAACGAGAACUCAGAAAACUCUAACGAUAUACAAAUAACACGUAAAACUAGUGAACAACUUUUCAAAGAUACUCCCCCCCAAACAACGCCCAACAUGAACGAUUACUACACCUGUGGGGCUCGUAAUCAACAGCAAAUAGAGGAUUUAAUGUCUGCUAUGCCCCUAGGUGAGGUACCGCGUAAAGCUUGCAAAUUGCUACAAAUACCAGAAUCAUAUUGUCGCAAAUAUUUAAACGAAUUGCAACAGGAACAAAAACUUAAACGGCAGCAAAAUCCACCACGCAUUUCAUCACAUCCUUCUUCUUGUUCUUCUGUGUCCAGUCAUAUUAAGGAAACUCAAGAUGAUAUGGAUAAUCUUUAUUAUGUCCAAAGUAAUAAUCGUAAAAAUCACAUUUAUGAGGAUUUAUCUAAAAGUGUUGGCCAAGGAAUAUAUGGUACAACACGUUUACGUACAGCUACAAUACGUAAACCAAUGCCGUACCUGAAUAGUAAUAAUGUACUACCAAGUAGUUUAAGUCCUAAUAAAAGUGCAACAUUGCGAUCAGAUCGCUCUUCGUAUAAUUGCAAACACUCCAAGAACAAUAGCAGCAACAGCAACAAUUAUCACUACAGCACGAACAGUAAUUUACAAAAUGAUGACAAUUUAGUUAUCUUAAGAAAUCCACCUUCAUCAUCAUUAACAAAUACAUUAUCAUCAACAACCUCAUCAAAUGCAUCAUCAUCAGUAACGACAGCAACAACAAUAAAUCAUGAGUAUCAAAUAAACUUACAACAACAACAGCACAACAACAGUACAAGAAAUUUCCAUAGUUUAGAUAAUAAUCACUAUCAAGAACCACAGCAGCAGCAACAUCAAUAUCGCCAUCAACAUCAGCAUCAUCACCAACAACAACAGCAAGAACCUUAUAAUGAACGUGAGAAUGCAACAUUUCGUUGGUCUGAACAAUUGACACAAAAUGUUGUAUCAGUUGCGAAAAUACGCUCGGCCAUGUCAUGUACUUCACAAGAUCUAAAAGAAAUGGAAUAUUUAUUACCGCAACGGCAACAACACCAACAUCAGCAUCAACAUCAUUAUCAACAUCGACAACAGCAACCAACACAUCACAAUAGUCUUAAAUUACUACCACCACCAGCACCAUUAACUACCAAUUCAAUAGCAGCAACUUCAACCCUAUCAAUAUCCUCAUCAUCUUCGAUAUCCAGCAAUAAUAGUUGUAGCAGCAAAAUGUUGGCGGAAAAUAUUAAAACAAACUCUGCAACAUCCAAUACCAGCAACAACAACAACAGUAGUUUAAGUAUUUCACGCCAUUCCAAUUCGCACAAAAAUCAUCACGGCCAUAGUCAAGUAGGUGGUGGUGGGGAGGCAAUAGAUGCUGGCAGCAGUAGUAGCAGUGGAACUGGUGUUGAUGAAAACAAUGCCGAUAAUAAGCAAAAUUUGGCCAUUUAUCGUCAGCCGGCCAAUGUUCGGACCACAAAGGGUGGCAAUACACCACAUCGUUCGAAAAUGUCGAAAAAACAAUUAAAAUUGGCUCAGGCCCAAUUGGAUAAGUUGACACAGUGCAAUCUACACUUGCAUGCCCUUUUUUCGGCUGUUGAACAUGGUCAUUUAGAUAAGGCUCGCACCAUUUUAGAGUCAACAGAUGUGGAUGUAAAUAGCAUUAAUACUGAUGGUUUGUCGGCAUUGGAUGUAGCCGUUUUGAGCAAUAAUCGUUCAAUGACAAAAAUGCUAUUGCAACAUGGUGCUUUGGAAGGAUCACAAUUUUCCGUCGAUAGCAUUGGCACAAAAUUGAAUGGUUUAUUAAAAGAUGCCGAAUUGCGUAUUAAUGAUUUAAGCGGUCUAGAGGGUACAUGUCAACCUUCAUUUUCAUCACGACCCUCAAUUUCAAGCAUUAUUAUUGGUAAUACGGGUUCUUCCGUAACCGGUUGUACCGGCAAUGAAGUUGACAAACAAAUUGGCAUAUGGGAAAGACGUGUCAAAGGUUUACGUCGUCUACUAUUGGGCUGGGAUCAAGCACGACCCCCAGAUGCACCAGCAUCAGUUGUUGUUGAUGUAACGGGUGAUAAUUCAAUACAAGUGCAAAUGCUUGAACCAUUCGAAGGAGCAAUUGGUACUAAAUUCAAAGUGCAAUGGUCAACUCGUGCUGACUUCAGUAACAUUGUUGGUGAACGUGAGCUCAUGGAUUGGCGUAGUUUUCAUGGUACAAUGGGUACUCAGUGUCAUAUAUCUGGUCUAACACAGGGAAGACGAUAUUUCUUGCGUGCUGCAUGUGGUAAUGUUAAAGGAUGGGGUCCCUAUAAAACAUCCGUGCCCGCCAGCAUAGUACCAUCAAGUUGGCGUGAUCUUAAUAAUCGGGAAGAUCGUUAUUUGGGACGUCAACGCAUGUUGGAUAAUUUAUUUACAGCGGUGCGUUUGGCGCGACCAGCCGAUGUGUCUGAAUUGACUUUGGAUACAAAUAGUCAGCAAAGAAGAAAUCCCAAAAAGAAAACUACGAUUAAGCAAUUAUUUUCAGUAGCUUCCAAAUUCCAAAAGCAUCUGAGAAGGGGAAUUUAUUUGGCCAGUAUUGUUUACUGUGAGGAUAAGGUUUUGGUGACUAGUGAAGAUUUUCUACCCGUAAUCGAAAUUGAUGAAUCGUAUCCUAGCUCCCUUUACAGUGACUAUCACUGGCUAAUGAAGGUGGCCUGCACUUGGGAUGAUGUAAAAUCUCUGCGCACCGAUAUGGAACGCAAUCUUACUUCUGCAAAUCAUUUUCGCACCAAACUUCUGUCAGCUGUUUGUCAAAUGCAAUCUGCCUUGGGUUUUAACGAUCUCGGUCAGUUGUAUUAUAAACCUUUAAGAGAUGCUCAUGGUACUGUGGUUUUAACCUGCAUACAAUCCGUCAAAAGUCAAAAAGUUGUUUCCAUUUUAAAUUCCCGCUGGUUGCCCGUCAAUAAAUUGCAAAAGAAAAUCGGAGCUAUACAUGAAGAGUACAAUAUUAAUGAGGUCUUAAUAACAUCCAUAGCCGAUCAGAUACAAUAUCAUCAGACCGCCUUGCAACGUUUAACGCCCGGUUUGUAUUUGGGUUAUUUGAAAAUGCAAUGUUCUAUGGAUCAAAUACAGGUGGUGGUGCCUGCUAAGACACCCAAUGUCUUGCCUCAUUACAAAGUUAGAGAUAAUAGUCACAUAACUGCCGAAGAAUGGCAGGUUUUGAAAAAGAAUGCAGAAGAUAGAUCGAACGAUGGUCGUAGAAGUGCUAGUCCUUUAAGGCUUACAUUAAAUUUCAAUACCAACUCAGAAGCUACUACCGAGGUGCAAAGAUUGUUCUUAUACGAUCUGACUACAGCCACACAUAAGCUAUUUAAGUAUAUGAACAUUAAACCAGAAGAGGCCUCCACCCACCGUUUAUAUGAUGUGGAAGUUAUAGAGCAUAGCAAAGAGAUAAGUUUCCUAAUUAUAUGUCCCUCUGUAGAGUUAAGUUGUGCUGUGCCAGGACAAUCGGAGCUAUUGCUGCAGCGUGAAGAUUUGGCCAGUUUAAGUAUUCAGGCCUUUGAAAUGAUACACUUAAGUACCUAUCAACCGGGCAUAAUACAGAAAUAUGCUCGACUUUCGUGUAUUUUGGAACUGGAUACGGCUUUAGCUAAUCACUCACAAAGAGAAGCUUUCUCCACUUUGGAACUGCAGACAGCAAAAGAGCGUCUAGCCAAAUUACAGGAAUUGACUUUCAGCUUAAAUGCCGUUUGGAAAGCGGUACGCUGGUUAAUGGAUGUUAUAGCUUUUGCUAGAGAUAAAAAUGCUCCACCUUCCGCCGCGAUGAGAGAAAUUCUAGAUUUUGGUCAACAGGUGGAUGAGAGUUCUCAACUGCUGCAGCCUCCCAUUAGAGAUAUGAAAUUCACCAAAUCUGGUUCGGGUAGAGGUAGUUGGCCAGGACCGGGAGCUUCUACUGCAGGCAAUAUGAAUAUGGGACCUGAACACUCCAAGUCCGAACAAAAUCUAGGCUUGAAAGCCACUACUCCUACUUCAGGGACAAGUCAUCAAAAGCAGCAAAAUCAAAUGCAGACUUCACAAACUAAUGCAGCUACACCAGCUACUCCUAAUUACCUGCAGGUCAACAAUGAUUUCAUGACUUCCGAUAUGUCAUUGCGUAAGAAUUCAGGUGAUUCGGGUACCUCUCACUACACUACACAGAGUUUUAAUUCUGCCACUGAUUCCGUCUUAACGAGUGCAAGUGAUUUUGGUCAAAUAUUCAAUAUGCCACCAUCAAGGUCAGACGACACACUUAGUGAGGCCGCUAGGCAACAAAAUCAAAAAUCACAAAUUCUACAAAGAAAACGUACAUGCUCAAAUAUAACACCCACUUCAACGCCAGUAACUCCUUUAAUAACGGUACAUUCCUCCUCGGUACCUUACCUAGGACGUGAUUCUGCGUCAGGUGGUUCAUGUCAGUCGCUGAAAGUUAAUUACAAUGGAGAAUAUGAAAGUAAACAAAUCAAAACAGCCGAAAAAGUCAAAUCCGCCUCCAGUGCUAAUCUAAGAGACAAUGCCCUCUACUUGAAGACCACUCUAACCACCAUAAAAAGUGAAAUAAAGAAAACCAACUGCACUAGUUUAGAUGAAAAUCUAGCACCCACUGCUGCUACCUCCUCGUCUUCUAACAGCAAAAAUCUACAAAGACAAAGCAGCCAAGAGGAGUACACCGCUACUAGUUGUCCUAGCUUAGCCACCGACAAUACAGAAGCCAUUAAUACUCCUUCGGGUAUUAUACAAGUCUAUACAGCUUAUAAUACCGGCUUAGCUUCGGGCACUAGUCUUAAAUUGCAUGUCACCGCCAAGACCACCGCCCGUGAGGUGGUUAAUUUAGUGGUAAAACAAUUAAAUAUGGCUGCCGUUCUUAAGGGCAGUAAUGGUCCCAUUUAUUCAACCGAUAUGUUGGAUAAUUUCUGUUUAGUGGCAGUGAUUGGUGCGAGGGAACGUUGUUUGCGUGAUGAUUUUAAGCCUUUACUGCUGCAAAAUCCUUGGAAAAAGGGUCGUUUAUAUGUUAGACAAAAACAUGAGCUGUUGGCGGCUAUAGAACAUUCAAAUCGCAAGUCUCAUUUGAUUUAAGUGUGUUGAGGGGAGGGAGUUUGUAGUUCUGUUGUGUUUUAGAGUUUUAUGUUUUAGAGCGAAUUUAAAUCCUUGAAGGUUUUCUUUGCAUUGAGUGCUGCUAUUAGGUGAUUGAUAUGAGCUAUUCGUAUAAUAUUAUAGGCUUCGAAGGACCAUUUGUAGGUUCAUUAUGUAAAGCGGUCCUUUAACUAGCAACGAGCACGGUUGCUGUUGUGGCCACGAAUCAUUAUCUCUAUCUAAAGACGGUUUCGAACUAAGCGAUAUUACUAAUUGAACUAUAUCCAUACAUAUUUAAGUUUCUUAUUUGUAAAGUGGUUCUUUAACUAGCAACGAGCUCGGUUGCUGUUGUGGCCA